AUGGAGGAGGGAAAGGGCGAUCUCACUGCACUAUCUUCGUUGGCAAACGCCAUAUGGAGAGCAACUCUUGCGGGAUCCAUAAUAUGGCUGGUGGUGAAUCUUAUAAUGAAGGAGUUGGUCAAGCCAAGCCACCAUGUUGAACCAGUAUUCAGAGCACUGAGUGUGUUCUUCUGUAUUGCUCUCAUUGCCGUUGCCAUUGCUCUUAUAUGCAUCGCUCUUCUAGAUUGUCAAAACAUAUGCAAAGCAGUCAUGGGUUGGAUGGCACCAUCUCCCUCUACUACAGUUGCCCAACACGGUCAAGAGAUAGCGUAA